AUGGACCGAGGCAUGGAAUUCUCGGAAUUUAAAACUAGGUAUGAGAAUGCUACCGUAAACCGACUCACUGAGAUUACAGGACCUGGAUCUGGUAUAUCAUGGCACACGGGAGGCUCCAUUUCUCAUGUUUCCCAUGCGGAUAGAUUGCGAUCGAGGCUUGGACGUGAUCCUCGCCCUUUUGAGCUUUUUAAAGUAACUCAUACAAAGAAGGGUACCUCCAUGCUUGUUGAUGCACGUGCUCAAUCUAUUAAGGAACGCUAUUUGGAGCAUGUGGAGCAAGUAUCUCAAACACAAGAAGGACAUGACAAGCUUCCUAUUGUGGAUGAAACAGCUCUAUAUUAUGAGGCUGUGGGGGGAGGAAAGAAAAGUCAGGUUUAUGGAAUUGGGUCCCAAGCGUGAAUCUUUUAUCCAUAGUUAUCUUCAAGUUUUUCCACAGGUUCAUCAUCUAAGACACUACAAGCUGAGGUUAGAGAUUUGUGCAAACUCUUAGUCAAGUCCAAGAUCGUGAGGAGAGGCUUCAAUAAAGUUUGCUUGAAAUGAAAGAGGAGAGGGACCAAUAUCGUGAGGAGAUGAGACAUGAUGAUGAGUUUUGAGAAGAGGAUUCUUCAGCAGUCACAGUUUACCACACAAGACUCACAACCAUUGACUUAUAGUUGUAAUUGUCAUGAUUUUGACUUAUAGUUGUGAUUGUCAUAUACUUAUUAUUUUGUGUUGAACAUAUAUACUUAAACAUUUCUUUUUGUAUGA